AUGUCCCCUGUCUCCCAACUUUUGAGAAUUUCUCCCUCUGUGUCUCAGAAGACUAUGUCCCUUACGAAGCCCGCGGGUUUCUUUCUUGUCACUUGUGUCUUCCACCUCAGCCAGGCCUGGUCAGUGAACAAUUUUCUGAUGACCGGCCCAAAGGCUUACCUCGUCUACUCCAGCAGUGUGGCAGCUGGUGCCCAGAGUGGUAUUGAAGAAUGUAAAUACCAGUUUGCUUGGGACCGCUGGAAUUGUCCUGAGAGAGCUUUGCAGCUGUCCAGCCAUGGUGGACUUCGUAGUGCUAACCGGGAGACAGCAUUUGUGCAUGCCAUCAGUUCUGCCGGAGUCAUGUAUACCCUGACUAGAAACUGCAGCCUUGGCGACUUUGACAACUGUGGUUGUGAUGACUCCCGAAAUGGACAAUUGGGAGGCCAAGGCUGGCUCUGGGGAGGCUGCAGUGACAACGUGGGCUUCGGAGAGGCAAUUUCCAAGCAGUUUGUGGAUGCCCUGGAGACAGGACAGGAUGCCCGGGCAGCCAUGAAUCUGCACAACAACGAGGCUGGCCGCAAGGCGGUCAAGGGCACCAUGAAACGCACGUGUAAGUGCCACGGCGUGUCUGGCAGCUGCACCACGCAGACCUGCUGGUUGCAGCUGCCGGAGUUCCGGGAGGUAGGCGCACACCUGAAGGAGAAGUAUCACGCGGCGCUCAAGGUGGACCUGCUGCAGGGCGCGGGCAACAGCGCGGCGGGCCGCGGCGCCAUCGCCGACACCUUCCGCUCCAUCUCCACGCGCGAGCUGGUCCACCUGGAGGACUCCCCAGACUACUGCCUGGAGAACAAGACCCUGGGGCUGCUAGGCACCGAGGGCCGAGAGUGCCUGCGGCGCGGGCGCGCCCUGGGCCGCUGGGAGCGCCGCAGCUGCCGCAGGCUGUGCGGGGACUGCGGGCUGGCGGUGGAGGAGCGCCGCACCGAGACAGUGUCCAGCUGCAACUGCAAGUUUCACUGGUGCUGCGCGGUCCGCUGCGAGCAGUGCCGCCGGCGGGUCACCAAGUACUUCUGCAGCCGCGCCGAGCGGCCGCCGAGAGGCGCUGCGCACAAACCUGGGAAGAAACCUUAA